AUGUCAGCCCCUACGCCUGUGGCAGCUACAGCCAAGCGGCGCCGUAUCGCCGUCUUGACUAGUGGGGGUGACGCGCCUGGGAUGAACGGCGUGGUGAGAGCAGUUGUCCGCAUGUCUAUUCACUGUGGCUGUGAAGCCUAUGCCGUACAUGAGGGUUACGAAGGGCUGGUGCAGGGCGGAGACUACUUCAAGCGGAUGUACUGGGAGGAUGUUCGUGGAUGGCUGUCUCGCGGCGGUACGUUGAUCGGGUCUGCGAGGUGCAAGAGCUUCAGAGACCGCGAGGGCAGGCUGAAGGCUGCCAAAAAUAUGGUCGUCCGCGGCAUUGAUGCCCUCAUUGUUUGUGGAGGAGACGGGUCCUUGACUGGAGCAGACAUCUUUCGUUCCGAGUGGCCCGGGCUACUAGAGGAGCUGGUUUCAAAGGGAGAACUCACGGAUGCAGAGGUCAAGCCGUUCAAGUCCUUGAAUAUAGUAGGACUGGUGGGCUCAAUUGAUAAUGACAUGUCGUUGACUGACGCUACCAUUGGCUGCUACUCGUCCUUGCAUCGUAUCUGUGAGGCCGUCGACGAGGUCUUCGACACCGCAGCCUCCCACCAGCGAGGAUUCGUCAUUGAAGUUAUGGGUAGGCAUUGUGGAUGGCUAGCGUUGAUGUCUGCCAUCAGUACGGGGGCUGACUGGCUCUUCGUCCCCGAAAUGCCUCCCCGCGAUGGCUGGGAGGAUGACAUGUGUGAUAUCAUAACCCAGAAUCGACAAAGAGGUAAACGGCGAACGAUCGUCAUCAUUGCUGAAGGUGCCCAGGACAGCAACUUGCAGAAGAUUACGUCGAACAAGGUCAAGGAUAUACUCAGUGAUAGAUUGCAGCUCGACACCAGAGUGACUGUUCUGGGACAUACACAACGAGGAGGCGCUGCGUGUGCCUAUGAUCGAUGGCUCGCCACGCUUCAGGGUAUCGAGGCUGUUAAGGCUGUUCUUGAAGCUAAGCCCGGCUCGCUAUCGCCAAUCAUUACUAUCAGAGAGAAUAAAAUUGAGAGGACCUCCUUGGUAGAGGCAGUGAGGGUUACAAAGAGCGUCGAAGAAGCCAUCUCGAAGAAGGAUUUUGCUACGGCAAUGGCUCUACGAGACUCUGAAUUCAAAGCGUAUCACAGAGCGUAUAUCAACACUACUACUCCCCACCACCCGAAGCUACUGCUUCCACAGGAAAAGAGGAUGCGCAUCGCGAUUAUCCACGUCGGGGCACCGGCCGGUGGCAUGAACCCUGCUACGCGAGGCGCAGUGGCAUACUGUCUAGCUCGUGGACACACUCCCAUUGCCAUCUACAAUGGCUUCCCAGGUUUGUGUAGACACCAUGCGGAUAAACCCCUGGGGUCCGUGAGGGAGGUCAAAUGGCUAGAUUCCGACUCGUGGGUCAACGAGGGCGGCUCAGAGAUCGGUACCAACCGUGGGCUCCCAUCAGAGGAUAUGGAAACCACUGCCAAGUGCUUUGAGCUCUACAAGUUCGAUGCCUUGUUCGUCAUCGGAGGGUUCGAGGCGUUUACCGCCGUCAGCCAGCUGCGAAAGGCCAGAAAGGAUUACGACUCGUUCAAAAUCCCGAUUGUCCAACUACCGGCUACCAUCUCCAACAACGUCCCCGGAACGGAGUACUCUCUGGGCAGCGACACCUGCCUCAACACGCUCAUGAACUUCUGCGAUGUGAUCAGACAGUCUGCCUCGUCAUCCCGCCGACGAGUAUUUGUGAUCGAAACCCAGGGCGGGCGAUCUGGGUACAUAGCUACCAUGGCCGGCCUGUCCGUGGGUGCGUACGCGGUAUACAUCCCGGAAGAAGGUAUCAGCAUCAAGAUGCUUGCGAACGAUAUCGAGAACCUACGACGCAGCUUUGCGACUGACUGCGGCGCCAACAAUGCCGGGAAGAUCAUUCUGAGGAACGAGCGCGCCUCUGCCACGUACACGACCCAGGUGAUCGCCGACAUGAUCAAGGAGGAGGCCAAUGGGCGAUUCGAAUCCCGCUCUGCAGUUCCAGGCCACUUCCAGCAGGGUGGCAAACCCUCACCGAUGGACCGUAUCCGCGCGCUCCGCAUGUCGAUCAAGUGUAUCCAGCACUUCGAGGAGUACACCGGCAUGAGCAAGGAGAGAAUCGCGGCAGACGACAUGUCGACAGUCGUCAUCGGAAUCCGGGGAAGCGAGGUUGUCUUCAGCCCUCUCGGCGGCGAGGACGGGCUAGAGGAGACAGACACAGACUGGCAGCACCGACGACCGAAGAACGAAUUCUGGCUGAAAUUCCGCGAGAUGGUCGACACCCUGAGCGGUCGACCCGGCGCCGACCACCAGCGACACGACCAGAGUUCAUGA